UUUUAUACUCGCGAUGAAUUGCACAAUAAAUGAUGGUUGCCUUUGUUAAAGUUUGAUAAAAUGAAAAGCAUCUUAACUGUUUUUUAAAUAGGCUCCAUUUAAGGUGAAAUACGGAAGUUCGUAUAAACAAAAGUACAAAGAGGACAUUAGUAUGCAUGGGCGACAGGAGCAUACUUUAAAAUGUUUACUUAUUGAUUUGAAUUUAAUAACCUCAAGUUCCAUAUUGUACAGUGCUCUGUUGGUAUCACAAAUUUUGUCAGUUUAUAUUAAGUUUGAUAUAGAUUCGUCGAAAGUUGAUGUGCAUUUUCACACAAAAAUGAAAUUACCACGAAAAUAGCGCUCGAAGGCAAUAUACUUGCUUUGUGAGAAGUUAUAUUUACCAAUUCUAUUUCAUCAUUGUUGUAUUAAGACGCUUAACUAUGAUAUACAAGGACCUUACGAAAAACUGUUUAGUUUUAACUGGUGUUUUCCUUAUAAUAAUUGGAGCAAUUAGCAUUGUCUUAUCCCUUAUCUUGGAGCAUCAUUCCUAUUCUUUAUCGGCGGACCGUCGAAUCUACGCGACUCAAUAUUGGCUUGGUAUACCUAUCAUCGUGUUAGGUUUAGUUGUGUCAUGCUUUUCUUCUUCUCUUCAACGGAAACAACGAACGAUGUUGAUGUGUGUAUUUGUGUGUUUACCUUUACUGACAUGCAGUCUUGUUGCAAUCAUUCUUCACUGUAUUGCUUAUAAUUAUUUGAAAUAUGAAAGUAGAGAUGCCAGCAGUGUUGUGAUGAAUUUACAUGCAGCACUGAUGGUGUUAUCAGCAAUCACUUAUACACUUUUGCUUGAGAUUUUGGUGAUUGAAAUUCUUCAUGUAUUUCAUUUUGUUCAUGAGCAUCAGUUACAAGUCAGAGAAAGAAACUUAGCAAAUGACAACCAAGAGCUUUCUCUUGGGACUUCAUCAAGCAGUGAAGAUUCGCAUGUACCUCAACAUCCUUCAGUAUCCUCUUCAACUCUCAUUGAGCCACGUCCACCAUCUUAUGAGUCUAUAUUUGCAAGGUCACAAUCAGGCUUGACGUCACAUGUGACAACUAAUCGAGGAAAUGACUCAAGAAAUGUUAAUAAUACUGCUAGAGUCACUUAUCAAGGAGAGUCAAAUUACAUGGUUCAAUAUGGCAGAGAUGUUGUUGGACGAGAUAAUGUUGCUGUAGUUGUUGACUCUGAUGAAGAGAUAACAGGAGAUAUAGCUUUGAAUGAAGAAAAUAAUCACGUUAUUUUACCUAGUGCAGAAAAUGUUUCUGAAAGCAAUCAAAGGGAUGAACAAGUUGUUAGUGAUAAUGUGAAUUUAGAUCAUGAUUUUUCCAGAAAUUUAGGAGUUCUGUCUAAUGAUAACACUGACAAUCGUCUGGCAAACUUUGAAGAUAGAUAUAUGGUGGAAAUAAAUGAACUAAAUGACACUGGCAGUCAUUCUGGACAAUUAUCAAAUGACACUGCUGGUCCUCCUGAACAAAUAACAAAUGACACUGGCAGUCAUUCUGGACAAUUAUCAAAUGACACAGCUGGUCCUCCUGAACAAGUAAAUGGCACUGGCAGUCAUUCUGGACAAAUAUCAAAUGAUACAGCUAGUCAUUCGGAACAUUUAUCCAAUGACACAGCUGGUCCUCCUGAACAAGUAAGAAAUGACACAGGCAGUUAUUCUGGACAAUUAUCCAAUGACACAGCUGGUCCUCCUGAACAAGUAACAAAUGACACAGGCAGUCAUUCUGGACAAUUAUCCAAUGACACAGCUGCUCCUCCUGAACAAGUAACAAAUGACAUCGGCAGUCAUUCUCGACAAUUAUCAAAUGAUACAGCUAGUCAUUCGGAACAUUUAUCCAAUGACACAGCUGGUCCUCCUGAACAAGUAAGAAAUGACAUAGGCAGUCUUUCUGGACAAAUAUCAAAUGAUACAGCUAGUCCUUCAGAACAAGCAUCAAAUGAUGCAGAUAGUCCUUCAGAACAACAAUUAGAGACGGUAAUGAAGUUACAAGGUUCAUUUGUAUAGAAGACUGGAUUGGAUAUAGAAGACAACGACAAGAUAUAAUAACUGUACAAAAAAAGGAAUAAUAAAAAAAAAUAUUGUAACCAUAACAUAGAUCUCAUGUAUUAUAAAGUAAUUUUGGAAUGACAUAAGAGAAAUAAUUAAUUUUUGGGCUUUAACUACACAACAGCACAGUUCAUGCUGAUUAUUCAUAAACUCCAGCAACUUGCAGCACAGAACGUGGAUUGUGUUGUAUAGUGACUUUAAAUAAAAUAAAAAAUGCAAAAAAACUUCUUUAUUUUGAAA